AACCCAAGAUAACAGGGAAUUAUGCUGCCUUCAAGUCGUGUCGGAAAUAUCGUAUUUACGAGAUGAGAGCAAAUGAACACCACCACAAACUCGUAUUACCGGUGGGAAACUCGGAUUUUUAGAUAAGACCCGAGUUUCCCAGUUGGGGGCGUCAGUAACAAGAGGUCAAUAAAUGUAUCACAUUCAUUUAAAUUGAUAAAUAAAUUCUAUAAAUUGAUGGAGACAGUUCGUAUUGUAAACUGCUUGACACUUAACUAAGCACUUGCACGUUUGUAUUAGCGAACUAAUAAAAUCACUAGCAAUAAUACUGGUAUAAUUCACGGUUCUAAUGGGAUAAAAACAUCACUCAACUAAUAUGUCUUAUUCGCUUCAUUCUGUUGGAGUAGAUAAAAUAAACCUCUUGUUUUUAUGGUAACAGACUAAAAGUAUAAAGAAAAGGAUUUUCCUAAUGGCGUCUAUUUCCACCCGACCAAAAAAAACACUCAAACGCAUGUCAAGUCGAAUUUACCACCUCCAACCUCGUAAAGAGGAAUUUUCGAGGAGGACUUGAAGGCAGCAUUAGCCUCUUGUUUACCGCGUGGUUGCUAUGCAGGGUUGCUAUGGGUGCUCAGAGCGCUGAGGAUUUUGGGGCAUAAGAAGAAUAUUUAUCUCUCUUUUUCCAGAAAUCUCACUAACCUUCAUCAUCUACCAUCUAUUAACGACAUGAAGGAGGCUGAAGGACUGCAAGGGACAGCAGACCAACCAAAAGCCUCACCUGAAGCUUUAGCGUUUCUUUCCGGUAUUGGCCACAGAGAAGUGGAUCAGUGCCUCUUUGCAGACUCUUUAGUGACGAUAUCGGACAGUGGCAGGGAGCUGGGGGAAUUCUCUGUUAGUAUACAGAAGGCCAGCUAUGAAAAUGAGCCCUGCUAUAUGGUUCAUGCUAACAGUCACGGGGCAAUCGAUAACAUACCCUGUGGCACUUCUAUUACUGCCUAUGUGUCCAGUAGUCUUGAGACUCUUGAACAGAAUCACCAUGAAUACAUGAAGGUGCAGGAACACAUGUUAGACCGAAAGGUAAACAUGGUGAGGCGAGACGGUUGUCUUGUGGUGAACAGAGUCACUACAGAGAAGGAGGAAGUGAAGAAGCAAACAUUCACAUUACCCCUUCACUCUAUACAAGGUUUUGUGUCCGAGGCCACCAACUUUAUCAUCCUGCGUAUUUUAGCUCAGCAGAAGAAGAUUCCAGAGAAGAUUAUGUUCUUGUCAUUCAAUGCUGACACCCAGCUUAGUGUGGCAACCUAUAGGGAACUGGGCACAAAGAAGCAGGUGGUUGGUAAAGAGAUGGUGGAUGUGUUUGGCAUUGAGAUGACUAUAUCUUCUGGAGAUGACAUCCAAGCAUCCUGGCACUGCUACUUCCUUCCAGAUGGCCAUUUAGCCAGCAGAGUACAGCUGGGCUCUCCAGUUACUAUGAACCUCUUGCAGCUCCCUCCCAUAGCAAAUAAAGAGGAGAGAGACCAGAAGCCAGUGUUUGAGAAGAAGCCCCUGGUCUGGGAGGAAGAUAUGGAGCUCCACUCAAAGUUUCUUGACAGAAAGGAAGAGCUGAAAGCAGGCCACUCCUCUUAUGUUAGAGAUCAUCCUGAGCUGAAGACGCUGCUGGCGGAUUUUAUGCAGUUCCUGCUGUUAAGGAAACCUCAGGAUGUUUUCUCCUUUGCUCAAGACUUCUUUGCUCCCUUUGACUUUCAGCGCCCACCAGACAGCAGCUUCAAGACUUCUUGAACCAUAAAGUUUUUUAAAGUAGCUUUACUGGAAGAAAAAAAAACUCAUAACCUGUCAGGCCUUUAUCCUGUGUGAUGAGUAAUUUUAAUAAAGAGUUUCCAUUUUGUGCUAGGUUUAA